UCCGACCGAGGUCCGCCAGACUUUGUGGAAAGGGAGAUUAUUGUUUGUUGUCAGUGUCCACGGCAGUCUGCAGUGCAACUCAAUACAGUGGAUCGCAAGAAAAUCCAGAGGAGUGACAACUGACAUUCACCCAAACGAGCCACGAAGGCUCCGGAUCAACUUCAAAACUAAAGCGCACAAGUUUUAAGUCUGGAAUAUAAGAAUAGAUGAUUCUCAGAGGACAGAAGAGGAAAUACACCUAGGCCUACAAGAUGUUCAAAAGGGGCUGUGGGCUUGAGUUCCUGCUGGUUCUCUGUGGGCUCGAGUUUUCCUGGUCCUGCCCUCGUCACUGUAUCUGCUACACUGCACCCAGCACGGUCUCCUGCCAAGCCCACAACUUCCUGUCGGUCCCUGAAGGCAUUCCUCCUGACAGCGAGCGCAUCUUCUUACAGAACAAUAAGAUCCAUCGCUUACUUCGGGGCCACUUCAGCUCCAACACAGUCACUCUCUGGAUCUACUCCAACAACAUCACAUACAUUGAGCCCUCCACCUUCCACGGCUUCACACUGCUGGAGGAGCUGGAUCUGGGAGACAACCGCCACCUGCGCUCCUUGGCUGAGGACACCUUUCACGGGCUAAGUCGGCUUAAUGCGCUACACCUGUACCGAUGUGGACUCAGUUCACUUCCUAAUAACAUCUUCCAAGGCCUCAGAAAUCUGCAGUAUCUCUACUUGCAGGAUAAUCAUCUGAAGUUCCUGCAGGAUGACACGUUUAUGGACCUCCACAACUUGAGCCACCUGUUCCUGCAUGGUAACCGCCUGUGGAGCCUAAACCAGAACACCUUCAGAGGCCUUCGAGCCUUGGACCGACUGCUUCUCCACCAAAACCAGAUCGAGUGGGUUGACCGCCUGGCCUUUCAUGACCUGAAACGUCUCACCACCCUCUAUCUGUUCAACAACUCCCUGAUACAGCUGUCUGGACAGUGCCUGGACACACUGCCCGCCCUAGAAUACCUGCGCCUCAACGACAACCCCUGGUUGUGUGACUGCAAGGCCCUGUCGCUAUGGGAAUGGUUGAAACGUUUCCGAGGUUCAACGUCUUCAGUGGGUUGCCAGGCACCAGCUGAUAUGGUUGGGAAAGACCUUAAAGAGUUGCGCAAGGAGGACUUCCCCAACUGUUCACCAACUGUUCCUAACUCUGAGUCCAGAGCCCAGACUAACAAUUUAUCUGGCACGGUGAAUCCGUCUAUGAAUCGUGGUGUUGCGGUGGGCUCUGGAGGGCAGACCCACAUAGUGCACCCUUCAAGGCCUGGCCGUUCUCGGAACUGCACAAAGCCUCGUAACAGGGUGAGCAAGGGAAAGGGUGACAAUGAGGUUCACCACUCAAAGGAGGUCAUGGCAGACAAGGAGGAUUCCUCCCCAGAUUUUACAGAUGGGGGAAAGCAUGAUCACACAUCCCCAGAUGGCACCGUCACAAGGAGGAAGCACAAGUGCACCCCCCGGACCACUGUUCGCCCCCCUAGUGGGGUUCAGCAAGCCAACAACAGGGCAACCUUAUCCCAGUCCUUACUACACGUCUACGCCCUCUUUGUGGCCUUGAUAACAACAAAUAUUGACUAUAUUCUGCGCUGACGUUCAGAGGGUUCAGUAAAUACUACUCACAAAAAACACAGCCCUCAGACCCUCUCUUGCUCCUGCACUACAAGGCCUGUGUGUCUUUUAUGUAUGUGUGUGUGAGUGUGAUUAUAUGUGUAAAUGUUGUGUAGGGAGCUUUACUCUUCAGACUGAAGCAAAGCAUCAAACAUCUACAACAGAGAGUCACAGCACAAAAUUUGGAGGGACUGAGAAUGAAAAGAUGAAAACAGACCAAGCUUGCACUGCCACUUAAGCCUGUAUGAUUUCAUCAUCAUAUGUAUUUGCAUCUAAUACUUUUUAACUUCUGUUUUUGCAAUCAACUGGAGCUUGGAGAACCACACUCUGGUGAAAAGAGAGCAAAUGAGUAAGACAUGAUGGAGCAAGAGAGGUAAAACUUGCUAGCUAGUUCGCUCUGAGACAGAUGAGCUAGGUCUUCAAGUGCUCCAGCCAGCUUUAAUUUUCACUUCACAGUUUGUAAAUUGUUAUCAAGAGGAUACAAAAUAGAAAGCCGGUGACCCCGUUAAGCCUUCGGUGUCAGUCCUUUUCAUGCUCUCAUCCUUUCUUAACAAACAUGUUUUUCUGUUGCAUCUUUUGCUAACAGCAGGUCGGAACAGGGCGCAAGUGGUUUUCAUCAGUGUGGCAAUAAAUUGUCCGUCAGUAUCAAACAAAAGGAAUGUGUCAUUCUUAUUAGUGAAUGGAAAUCUAAAGCCACAGAUGUUUUAAGGCCAUAAACAGAACAACCAGUUAGCUCAUACACUGUAUUAGGGUGAAACAAAUCACAACAACUACUCUCUUUAUAUUGCUGGCUUUUAUCAGGUACUGUACCAACCUUUCUGCCUAUUCAAUGGUAUUUCUUAUUGGUACUGCAUUUCUUCACACAUCACACCCCAUCUGCUUCCACCUUCAUUUACACCACUCUUCUUCUUUUGUGCAACUAAAUGUUAAGCUGCUAAUUUGUUUCGAGAUGACGAGGACUGCCAUGCGCUAUUUUUAUUUGCUUGGAAAACUGUGUGUCUCUGGGAGAUCAAGCUGUGAAUAUUGAAGAGUCUGUCUAUAUCUUGUGUCAGAUGUUGUUCAUUUGAUUUUUCUACACACAAAAUGGACCUAGAAAUGGAUCCCUGCUGCAGGGCCAACAGGAGCCUUAGAGGUCAAGGGUCAA